AUGGCUUUGGGUUAUUGGGCCACCAUCAUCCAGCGCGGCGCUGCAGUUACCGACAAACCUCCGCAUUUGGUCUGUCUAGAGAGCAUUGCUAUCGCCGUGGUCUGGACAUUUCAGGUCUUGUACGACAUGUGUCUCUUCCUGUCCAAAGGCUUCAACCCGCAGGGCCUGGUCUACAUGCAGCUCACCGUAAGCGCCUGCAUGCUCGGUAUCAUCAGCACGGUCUUCCUCAUUUAUGGUCUGCGCGUACUCAGCCGCUUGCAGCAAUAUGAGCGACAACUGAAGCUUCGUAUGCCGAGCAUGCAGUCGGACCGCAUGAUGUCAAACCGGUCGUUCGACCUCAACAUGAGCGACGACGAGGACGGCACACCCGUCAUGCGGGAUCGCAAGGCGCGCCCCCGUCCACAGGAGGGACACGCCACGAAGAUCAAGAAGAUCCUGUUCGUGGUGGAAUCGUGCUCGCUCAUCGUCGUGGCCGCGCAGAUGUACAUGGCCAUCGACCGCACGAGCGACACCCCGGUGGAGCUGUCCUGUGCAAACGGCCAUCUGUGCGACACUGUCAAGUGCUCGGUGAAUCUUCUUCACGUCUUUCAGAUCAUGUGCAUCUGGGUCAUCCUAUGGACAUUCCGCAAGAUCCAGAAGAAAGCAGUUGUCCCAAGGCCGCACACUGUCGCGUAA